AUUAUUUAAUUUAAAUUUUGGUCCCUAAUUCCACCCCACUAAACCCCAAACUCCAUAAACCCCCUUAAAACCCAGUUUCUUCCUCAUCAAGCUAUCAAUCUUUGAACAAAGAAAAAGAAAUCAUAAAAAACUCUUACCUCGUACCAAAGAUCUGGAAGCCCUUUCGCAAGAUUAAUGGCUUUCAGACGGAGCAUCGCCGCUCGAGCGAAGCUUUUUUCUCAGCAGCAGCGAUUCGCUACUCCAUUUCCGCACAUUCAUCAAUUUGACGACGAUCGAAAAAAUCCGCCCCGCAACGACGCCGUUUUCAAAAACCCUCAGAUCUCCAAUCACCUCCAUCGCCGCCUAUUCGGGUCGGGUAAUAAUUUGGGCGCUUCUUUUAGCUCGAGAAAUUUGUUCCAUGACCGGAGAUUUGCGAUUCCGGCGGGAUGUGGGCCGAUUUUCGCGCGGAAUAUGUCGAGUCUCGGAGAAGGUCCGCCGGAAAAUAUCGAGAUUAUGACUGAUAAAGCUGUCGACGUGGCUUCGCAUGUGGGCCCGGCGGUGAAUGAGGUGGCGAUCGCGGCGGCGGAUUCUUCCAUGCCGGUGGCUGCUAUCCAGUAUUUGAUUGAUUAUGUGCAUUGCUAUACUGGGUUUAAUUGGUGGGCAUCGAUUGUCGUGACGACCGUUUUGAUUCGUUCGAUUCUACUUCCUCUUGGGAUACAUUUAAGGAAGUGUGAAUUAAAGUAUAAACUUCUAGAGCCUCGGUUGAUAGAGAUUAAGAAAGAAAUGCGGGAUAAGGAUAUGAGUCCUCGUGAUGUGGCUGAAAGACAGGCACGGAUGAAAGAGCUCUACAAGGAAUACGGUGUUACACCCUUCACUCGGUGGAAGGGAUCUUUAAUUAACAUUCCAAUCUUAUGUUGUAUCUUGUCCGCUCUUACGAACAUGGCAGCAAACGUUCCGUCUUUUAAGGAGGGAGGAGCGUUGUGGUUCACCGAUUUGUCUACUCCAGAUUCCAUGUUUAUUCUUCCGAUUCUUACGGGAUUGUCAUUUUGGAUCCGGUCUGAGAUCUUUACUCAGCCUUUGAAAGGCAGUAUAACUGAAAGACCGCUCAAGAUUUUCGGUCUGGUCUUUUCCUCGUUGAUAAUCCCUUUGACUGCAAUGUUCUCGAAAGUUAUAUGCUUUUAUUUUAUUACCUUCAACCUGUUUUCACUUGCAUGCGACAUAGUGUUACGGAAGCGUGGGGUGAAGUUGUUCUUAGGUUUACCGAUUAUACCCAUGGCGCAACUACCACCCGCACUGAAACGAAAACCCGGCUUAUCGUUUCUCGAAUCGAUAAUGAAGUUUAAAGAAGACCAUAAAGAUACUUUUCUAAAACAAGAUUCCGAUGAGCCUACACUUCGUCAACAGAUUAGAAACUUGGAGAAGGAGGUCAAUGAACUGAAGAAAAGUAUAAAAACCAAGUAAUAUUAUAACUGCACCUUA